GUUGUCCGUAGUUGUCAAUUCAAUAUUUAAUUGCGCUUCGUACGCCUUGAAGCGUUUUAUAUAAAUAAAAUAAAUAGUUUAUAGUUUUUAAUAAUUUUAUCAUUAUGGAUGUCUUUUUAAUGAUUAGGCGAAAAAAAUUGACCAUCUUCACAGAUGCGAAGGAUACUACGACUGUUUUAGAAUUGAAGAAAAUGAUAGAAGGUAUCCUGAAAGUACCACCCCCAAGUCAGAUGCUUUUCAACAAGGACAGUCAGCUAAUGGAAGAUGAAAAGACCCUCGCAGAAUAUGGACUAACUUCGGCCACAGCUAAAGCUCAGUGCCCUGCUCCGAUUGGAUUGGCUUUAAGAAAAGAAAAUGGUGAAUUUGAGACAAUGGAACUGACACCCUACUCUACACCACCUGAUCUACCUGAUGUAAUGAAAUCUCAGGAGACCAACGGACAGGAACAGAUGGAUCAGCACUAAGCGACACGGCGAAUACUCCAAACAACAGAUACAAAUACCAACUGAGUAUCGAAUCGAUUUCUUAGUUCAUAAUUUUGAACAAGUUCGUCCACACCGCCGGACGAUACAUAACGAUUUUUGCAUACGAAAAUAUUUUGUUAACAGUUUAUCGAUAAUUUGUUCUCAAUUUAACAAGUUAAUCCGGGUCUCGGCUGGUUAUAAAUAGUGAAAAUUUAUUUAUAGCCUGUUCCAAUCGACGAAGGAGUAAAGAUAAACAAAAAUUCAAAUUUACAUAUCCAUGCGAUUUGCCAAUAGCUCUGCUAUAUGUCAAAUGCACUACAAAGAGUUAUUAAUUUAUAUAUCUUUGUUUAUUAUAUAGUACUAUUGUAAUUAAUUUAAACUUCGCCGACAUUAAAAACCCCCUUUUUCGCGAAUCCAUAGUGAAUAUCAUAGACUAUUCAAGAUCUCGACCAAUGAUAUCGCGUCAAUUCAAUGAAAAAGUUGCUUAUUUGUCUUUGCUCCUGUUAUUGGAAUAGACUAUAGGAGGGGUUACAACUCUCUACUAACACUCGUUUGUAUUUUGUGAUCUACGUAAUUAAUGUCCCUCCAUAAUAUACGGACGUUAGUUUUUUUUUUUUUUAUUAAUUUGUUAGUAUUUUGUGACGCUUCAUUCAUAUAGUUUGUAAUAUUCAAUGAAACAGGUAAUUUUAUUUCAUAAGUCCCGGUACGCUAAGACGGUGAGCGGCGUCAUUGUGGUAAUCUCUUUACAAUUGAGUAUGAGAAUAUGAUUCGUUAAAAUGAGACAGACAAGGACGGAAUAUCUAUUAGAGUAAAUAAAAGUGCUAUUAUUGAAAGUAAGAAACGUGCAAUCGUUUUGUAGGUGCAAUAAUUUCCACCUUAGUGCCGCUGAUGUCUCAUCGUUACCGGGCGGUUAUCGUGAUAAUUGUAUUUAUUGCAACAGUAUGUUGCGUCGUCUGUAUAUUGUAGGAAUACUGUCUCUAUUCGACCUUAUAUAUCAAUGGACUGUCCUUGCGGGAAUUACUCGGAUUGUUUUUCGAUUAAUAGAAUAUUAUUACAUAUAGAAUACUUCAAGUCCUGAUCCUCUCGAUCUGUAUAUUAUGUUGAUUUAUUUUUUUAAGCUUUUAAAUUUUGAGUUUUUUUUUUUUGUUUCAAGUCUUACUAAAACUAAUUCUUUCAAACUAAUAGGUAAUUCUUAAUCGAAACCAAUUGUUGUCACAGCUUGAUGCUUAACUACAACCAUUUUAAAUACUAAUAAGGCAUAUUAAAUUAAGGCGUAUUAUAAUAUAAAUAUCUGUCAUGUUAUCAUUAAAAUACACAGUAUUGUAUAAUCUAUUUGUCACAUACAUUCCAUAUAUCAAAUGAUACACGUUGGAACCAACAUUUGUCACCAAUAACGUUUAUGUCAUAUUUACCUGACGCAUAUAUACGAUGAAUGAAUGAAACCUUUUUUAUUUUUAAUAGUAUAAUACAAUGAGAUAAAACAAUUUAUGAAUGAACUUAAUUGCCGCCACAAUUGCCAAUAUAUAGCUUUCAAUUGUUUUAUUUUAUUUUAUAUUCAUUGUAUGAUGGCAGAUAGAUUAUAUCAAAUGCAAAAUACAUAGUAAAAUAUUAGUUUAGUAACUUAAAAAAAAAUCAGCUAUUGAAAUAUAAAACACGAAGACACGCUUUUAUCUAUUUAUAAAACAAGACUGUCGUGAAUGCGUCGUGUCCUCUGAUAAUUGACUAUUGCUAUUAUUCUUAUCCGAAUCGUUAAAUGUUUUUUUUUUUUCUUAAUUGCAACACUGGGUACUGAGUCAAAGGAGAUACGACGGAUUAAUGAAGGAAUACGCAAACAUUGUAUGGAUUUAAAAAAUAAAUAAUGCGGUAUUUAUCUGAUGAUAGAUUAGUAUUGACUAUAGAUAAUAGCUAAUUUAAUAGGGUAAUAUAGGGGCUUUUUAUAUUCUAGAAUCGAGGAUGUUCUCAGAUCUAUGUAAACAUUCUUCGUUGUUGUGAUUCGUUUAAAUGAAAUUUUAAUGUCGAUGGUUCCUGAAUUUUUUUAUGUUGAAUGUUCUCUUUUUGCUUCUACUUGAAUUUAAUUAGACUUUAUUUUUCUCUUCGCAACUUUUCAAGCUUUGUAAUAUUAAUAUUUUGAAGCACAUGUACAAUAUGUCUAGAUAUAUUUGUCAGUGCUCAACCCACCAAGAGAUGGCGCUUAUGAGAUAUUAACACUCAAGAAAUAUAAGUUUGAAUAUAUCUGUUUUCAUUCAAUUUAAAGGUACGUUACGUUAAAUAUGUUUUACUUACUAUUCAUUCUGGACACUUCGAAUUACAAUUAAUAUAAUUUUAGUAACAUUUUUGUAGACACGUCAAUUUUCAUAUGUAGCCAGCUAAUGUUUAGCUUAAACAUUUUGAAAAAAUCAUUUGUUACCAAAUAAAUUCUUCAUUCAAUUUAAAAUUUAAAUAAUUUGAGAUUCAAAUUGCACUCCUUUGCACUAUGAUAUGGCUUCAGUAAAGAAAUGUAAAGUUAGAUGGAGUUUUGUAAUAUUAUAAGAAAAUAAAUCCUCAUUAAGAGCUCUACCGAGCUAUCCUAUACCUUUGAUGUAUGAUAAGUCUAAAAGUGAAACCACAUUUACAUAAUAACUCAGUUGAAGUUCCAAGUUACAUUGAUGUUGUCACUGAAACUAUACAAAGUUUUAAAAUUAAGUAUUAAUUAAUAUUUUGAACUGAUAUUAGAAUAAAAUAAAGUAAAUGUGCAUCAAUAAAAUUAAUUAUAUAUGAAAGUGAUAUAACUUUUGUACUUAUCAUAUUUCUAAGUAAAUAAUUCUUUAAAUUAAAUUUGUUUAUGCUGCUGGAUUUAAUAAAUCUACUGUGAUGGUAGUAUACAGCAAUAAACAGUUGAUGUUUCGAAAUAUUUUUUUCUUGAAAUUUCCAUUUUAUAUACAAUAUAGAACAAGUUGUAAAGCAGUUACAAUAUACUUAAUAGUGUAACUAGCGAUGAGACUUCAUAUAACUAAUGUAGUGUGCAAGUAUGGGAAUCUAAAACGAACCAGCAAGAAAUAAAGCUGUUUUGAUUUGU